ACACCCACUCACCUUAAAGUAGGCAUACUGCAGGUACCUGUACGGCUCCCUCCUUUCGAACUCCUCCAGCGUCUCCCUGCUGGGCAUGGCCUGCCUGAAGGCGGGCAGGCCGUGCUUGCACCGCUUCAAGCACCGGGCCCGCUGCAGCACGUUGCCGAAGGCUCUCAGCUCCGGGAAGUCGGCGAACUUGUCCUCGUCGUGGCGGCGCACGGAGCUGCAGUUGAGGUUACAGAAAGCCUCGCUGUCCCGCAGCAGCCGGUAGAGACGCAGGGACACCUCCAUGUACUCCACCGUGUCCCCCCACUUCUCCCCGGUGUACUGAUCCAGCGCGUACUUGUAGGCCGACUCCAGCGGCAUGAGUUCGUGUCUGGGGAAGCUCCGGAAGCUGUACUUCUCGUACUGGCACAGAACCGAACCCAGGCCGACGACGACCAGGACCGACGUCCAGAGGAGCCGAGGUGGAAGAGUGGAAGGUGCCAUGUUGUUGUUUUUUUUUUUUUUUAAGGGGGGGACGAGCACCGCCUAGACUUGUAAUCGGACCAAGACUCUCCGGGUAUAGGGGUAGAUCGAUCCAAAUAUAGAUCUAAUCGAUACCAAGGGUAGUAUAGUAUCGAAUAGAUUCUAGCGUGACGAGAUCGAUAUUUUUCAGCUAUCGUCUUUCGUAUGUUUUUUAUGUCUGUUGAUAUUGUUACAUUGAUAUCAAUGGUAGUUUUUUGCCUUGUUUUGAAACUUAUUUUGCAUUAUUGACGUUAUUUUGCUCAAGUAAUUGUAUGUCAUCAAAUGUAAUAAUUGUAUCGUUUUGUUUAUAUUCUGUUUAUGUUGUACUCAAUUGUUCACAAACAAGUUUAUUUGUUUGCCUUUAUUUUAACCAUCAAUAAAUUAAAAGCAAAAUAACAAAAUGUAAAAAAUAUCUAUCUGCAACACUGCUCUAGCUACUUGGUAUCGAAUUGAUACCAAAAUAAGCAGUAUAGCCCGUCCCUACAAGAGGAGGGUUGCUGGAGCUCCUCCCACACUGAAAUCACUACUUUUUAUUAUUUUGUUGUUGCGCCACAACUUUCACAGCCAAAUACUACAAUACUACAAGACCUAACUUAACAAGUCAUUUAAGUAGUAUAAGUUGUUCGAAAGCUGAAAAAAGGCGGCAAGUUUGCUCUUGGUGGCUAAUUAGACCCCCGGCGAGGUGUUUGCCCUGCCCACUGCCACGUAGAGGCAUUCCUGUCCAGCUCACCCCCAUCCGAAACCUUCAAAGUAAUCCCCAAAUUUUACUCACUCAUAAUCUUUCACUAUUAUGCCGUCAAAGCGCGCAAACACUGCACAAGUUUAGUUUUACGAUGUGCACGCGAGCGCGGCUCAACCCGGAAGUACGUAGGGGGCGUGUGUUCCUGCGUGGAGUUUACGUGCAGACCCCUACCACCUAUGCCUACCACGUUGACACUUGGCCGAGGCUCCACUGCGCAUGAGCAAUACGUGGUAACCCCGCUAAAAAACUACCCCAUUCAAGCCUGUUGGACUUAUCAAGUCCACGUUACGCGAAGGUAACUUAGACCGGAAACUAUACUUUUUGUUUCACAAUAAGACAUCAGUAAUCUCACUGUAAUUUAGCUCUGUUUGUUUUUGUCACUCACGAUGAGAUUAUUUAUGAUGACUCCAUGAUUGUUCUACUUCGUUACAUACAUUAAGGUGUGUUAAAUGGAAAGGUGAGCUCUCUUGUAGUCGAAGCUUAACCGGAUGUGGUGUUAAUCCAUGCACCUUUACAUAAUAUCUUUCAAGCGCUUGGACCGGGAAGGCAGGACGUCGGUCCAACUCGGCGUAGACUACGAGGAAACCACCCGGGAGACACACACGUACACGCCACCACGAUAGUUACUUUUUAACCCUCCUCAAAGUUUAACCCCAGUCCAGAAAUGCUGCAGGGCGUGCACAGAGUGGCGUGUCUGUCGGUUCUGGUGGCCUUGGCCGCCUGCAGCGCUCCCCUGGUUCCGUUAGACGACAUCCUGAUCGAGAAGACGUUCGUGCCCGAGCAGUGCGUCCGCGCCGUCAAGGUGGGCGACUAUGUCCGGUACCACUACAACGGCAUGUUCCCGGACGGCAAGAAGUUCGACUCCAGCUACGACCGAGGGAGCACCUACAACGUGUUUGUGGGCAAGCGGCAGCUGAUCGAAGGCAUGGACAAAGCUCUGGUGGGAAUGUGCGUCAACGAGAGGAGGCUGGUGAAAAUCCCGCCGCACCUGGCCUACGGGAAGCAAGGAUACGGUGACAUCAUCCCGGCAGAUGCCAUCCUCCACUUUGAUGUCCUCUUGCUGGAUGUGUGGAAUCCCGAAGAUGGCGUGAAGAUCGACACCUACCACACCCCCGCCACCUGCUCCAGGAAGGUGGAGGUGUCCGACUACGUGCGCUACCAUUACAAUGGCACGCUGCUGGACGGCACGCUGUUUGACUCCAGCCACACCCGCAUGCGGACGUACGACACCUACGUGGGCAUCGGCUGGCUGAUCGCCGGCAUGGAUCAGGGCCUGCUGGGAAUGUGCGUUGGCGAGAAGCGCAUCGUCACCAUGCCACCGUCCCUCGGAUACGGCGAGAACGGAGACGGUAGCGACAUUCCCGGCCAGGCGUCUUUGGUGUUCGACGUGGUUCUGCUGGACCUCCACAACCCACGAGACGGCAUCGCCGUGACCAACCAGCAGGUCCCAGAGUCGUGCAGUCGCAAGACGGUGGAAGGAGACUUUGUGCGCUAUCACUACAACGGCAGCCUCCUCGACGGAACCUUUUUUGACUCCAGCUACUCUCGUAACCGUACAUACGACACCUACGUGGGGCGGGGCUACGUGAUCGCCGGCAUGGAUGAAGGUCUGAUUGGCGUGUGCACCGGGGAGCGGCGCACCAUCACCAUCCCUCCGCAUCUCGCCUACGGAGAGGAGGGCACAGGUUCCAAGAUCCCCGGCUCGGCCGUGCUGGUGUUCGACGUGCACAUCAUCGACUUCCACAACCCGGCAGACACGACGGAGGUGACGGUCACGCACAAGCCGGACGUUUGCGAGAAGAUGAGCAAGAAGGGUGACUUUGUCAAGUACCACUACAACGCCUCGCUGAUGGACGGCAGCGCCCUGGACUCCACCUACAACUAUGAAAAGACGUACAACAUUGUCCUGGGAGCCAACCAGGUGGUCCCCGGCAUGGAGGAAGGGCUGAUAGGAAUGUGCGUGGGCGAGCGGAGGCACCUCGUCAUCCCUCCUCACCUCGGCUACGGCGAGGGUGGCGUCACUGGUGAGGUGCCGGGCAGCGCCGUGCUGGUGUUCGACGUGGAGCUGGUGGACAUGGAGGAGGGACUUCCUGAAGGCUACAUGUUCAUCUGGAACCAGGACGUGUCAGCUGACCUCUUCACAGAGAUGGACAAGGACAAUAACGAGCAGGUGGAACCUUCUGAGUUCACAGACUACAUCAUGCGGCAGGUGAGCGAGGGCAAAGGUCGCCUGGCCCCCGGCUUCGACCCCUACCGCAUCAUCGACAACAUGUUCAACAACCAGGACCGCGACGGCGACGGCAAGAUCACGGCGGCUGAGUUCCGGCUCAAAGCGGACGAAGCCGCCGCCCAUGACGAGCUAUGACGGGGCUUGAGACCCGGGUCAGCGUCUAAAGGAGCGGGGGCGGGCUUCAGAGUGUGGGGCUUGUACUUUUUUUUUUUUUUUUUUGUACCGAUUAGAUUUUUUAUUUCUUUCCACUAAGUGGAUGCUCAAAUGAGCCAAAUGAGUCCGGACGUUUUAUAUUGUUUUGUUUUUUUUAAUGGUUACAAACGUGUAAAACAACCAAGCCAACGUCUGCUUCACCUAUUGCACCUUCUCCAAUGCACGGUACCUGCUUGCUUCUCUCAUGCACAGUACCUACUGGACGGUACCUGCUUGCUUCUCCGAUGCACAGUACCUACUGGACGGUACCUGCUUGCUUCUCUAAUGCAUAGUACCUACUGGACGGUACCUGCUGGCUUCUCUCAUGCACAGUACCUACUGGACGGUACCUGCUGGCUUCUCUCAUGCACAGUACCUACUGGACGGUACCUGCUUGCUUCUCUAAUGCACAGUACCUACUGGACGGUACCUGCUUGCUUCUCUAAUGCAUAGUACCUACUGGACGGUACCUGCUUGCUUCUCUGAUGCACAGUACCUACUGGACGGUACCUGCUGGCUUCUCUAAUGCACAGUAACUACUGGACGGUACCUGCUUGCUUCUCUAAUGCAUAGUACCUACUGGAUGGUACCUGCUGGCUUCUCUGAUGCACAGUACCUACUGGACGGUACCUGCUUGCUUCUCUAAUGCACAGUACCUACUGGUGGAUACCUGCUCGCUUCUCCAAAAGCGUUUACAGGUGAUGUAAACCACCGCUUUCACUGUUGCUGUCCUGUAUUCUACUUCACAGUCCACACUUUGCUGCCCUCUGUGUCCUCUAAAGAUAAAACGUGCCUCCUCACGCCAAGACUGAUGCGUUCAAUGCGGCGGGGUUUUCCUAGUUUCCUGCGAUACUGCGUGGCGGAGAAACGACACAUUGUCGUUCGGUUGAAGUCCAAUCGGUGGCAUUGUUUGAGGAGACCUUCUAGAAGGGGCAAACACACAUGCUAACGUUAGCUUUCCCAGUCUCCACUUGGAUGAAACGUGGCUUGGCUUUUGGAGUUUCCUGCAAUACAAAACUCAUCAGGUUUUUUAGCUUAUUAUUUUUGUUCUUUAAAAUGUCCAAAUAGCUUGUCUGUUUUCACUUAUGUGGUAUGAAAGUGCGUUGUGGAUUCACGGCAUCAACACGACACUCCAUGGAAGGAUGAUUCCGUGUAGGAAAGUGUGACUGCUUUGUGCAUUUUAUUUCUAUUCCAUCAUGUUGGCGGAAUAUUUAAAGUUGUGUUCUUAUUCCUUCAGAGCAAAAAGGUCAAAUGCGUGUUUGCUCACAUGUUUUUUUUUUUUUUUCAAGGUUUAUACAAUAAGUAGGAUUUUUACCCUUUUAAGCAGCGGACUGUCUCGUCUGCAUAGGAGCAUGUGUGCCGCAGCUCCCCCUACAGUCCCCAAGUGGCAUUUCCCGAAAAGCCAAGAAUAUUCAAACGUUUCCUCCAAGAAAGUUGAAACUCAAGGUGAAAACUGACUCACCAAAGAUGAUACCUCUUCGCUCUGAGGCCUCCCAUGUGACACGCGCUUGUGUUUUAUGGCCUCGGGCUGCUGGCAUGACGUUAACGACACUUUGUUGUCUGUGGGAGUGUGCACUGCGGGGGAGGUUACACAGACUAUGUAGUGGGAAAUGUGAUUUUUAAUAAAAGGUGGGAAAAGAUCAAAGGCUUGUCUUCCAUCUUGCAAGGUCACAUGAGCACAGUAGUGAAGUCCGGAUCCAUCCUGAAAUAUCGAUACUUCCGAUGGUCACACUUUCCAAUAAGGUACACAGAAACACUGUAGUUACUGAGGAACUAAUGAACUGAUGACUAAGACGCAUACAUUUAGACAACUUACUGAGGAACUAAUGAAUAACUAAUGAGUAGUGGUGAGGGUUAGGUAGGUUAGUUCCUCGUCAACUACUGGAAUUUUGUGUACCGUCCCUUAUUGUAAAGUGUUACCAUUCCGAUACCAGCCCUUCAUCCUCUAAAAUCAAUUCUCAAGUAAAAAAUGUAUACUUUUGUCAGGCUCAGGGAGCCGUGUUACUUGGAUCCCGGAAUGCAGACACAGGGGUUAGUCCAAAAGUUCAAAAUAUAUUUAAUGAACAACAGAGGAGGCACAAAACAGGAACUCAGGGUGACGGUGCAAAAAACUAAGGAGGGCACCGUGGGCAGAAAACAAGAACAGCUAUGAACUAAAGAGUGCUGGAGCUACCACUUGAGCUGGACGGAGGUCUGGUGUAGCAGGUGGACUUAGCUGGUUGAAGUAGCGUGAAGAACUGCAACAGGAGAAUACAGGUAAGCAGGAGAAGUGCACAUGGUCUGGAAGCACCAACAUGGAGAAAUAAUCCAGCACUGGCUAGCUGCAGGUGAGGAGACUAAAAAGGUAGCUGAUUGAACACAGCUGCAGGGAUCCGGUAGCUCCGCCCAGCUCAGGAGUUGUCACAGUCUGAGCAAGUAAACAGAGGAGAGGUCAGCAAUAACAUACAACAUAAUGGAAAACAGCACAAAACUAAAGCAGGCGACAAGUGUCACCGUAGCGCGUGACAACUUUUGGUACUUCAGUCAUUUGCGGUAAUGGUUGUCUGUUGAAACGAUGACCGAUCAUCAACAGAGCCAUGUGUGAAUUCUGAAUGAAGUUUU